UUUAGGAUCGCUGAAGAACAACCACGAAUCGGUGAAGAAUCAUCAAUGGCCCAAUCGUCUAGUGAUUUGGAGCCAGAUAAUUGGUGUAUUAGAGGUGAAAAUGCAAACUUCAAUCCCGACAUUACAUAUGCUAAAUUUCCAACCUACUUCACCUUGGAAUUUCACCAUGGUGGUGAAUUUGAUGAUGAACCAGAAUUUCAUUACAAAGGGGGUAAAGUCGACUACAAUGACAAGGUGAAUCCCGAUCUGUUUUCUGUUAUAAUAGUCAAUGAUAUGAUGCAAGAAUUAGGUUAUUCAGAGGAAGAUGUAGUGAUAUACAAUUUUAGGGAACCAGGAGGGAUGCUAGAAUCAGGUUUAAGAUGUUUAGGUACUGAUUCUGAUGUGUUAAAGCUGAUUAAGUAUGCUGAAACUACUAGAACCAUUGAAGUUUAUGUUCAGCAUAUCCGAACAUAUCCUAUAAAUGAUGUGAAUACUAAAGAGGGUAAACAUGAUGAAGUUAAUGAACCUCAGUAUGUUGAUCUGAGUGAUGAUACUAGUGAUAAUGAUAGUGACAAGGAGAGUUCUGGUGAUGAGGACAGUGGCAGUGUUGAGGGUAGUGAUAACAAUAGUGAUGAUGAAGAUUCUGAUUACUUGGUUGAUGAAGAUCACAUAGUGCCUGAGUAUGAUGUAGAUAUGGAUGAGUUUAGGGCUGCAGUGGACUUUGAUGUUAGUGAUGCAGGUGAAGAUAAUGAACAGGCUGAUGAAGAGGGUAGUAAUGAAGAGGUUGACUUAGACAACUUUGACACUUUUGAGGAUAAUACGACAUUGGAACAAGCCUGUAAUAUUAUUAGGAAGAAGAAGAAAAAAAGUAAACCAACAGAUGAUGACCCUUUCUUUGUUGGCCAACAGUUCACUAACAGGGAUGAAAUUAAAUCCUUGGUCAAAAAACACGCAAUACAUUCAAAAAGGCAGUUGUCUAUCAUCAGAAAUGAGAGUGCUAGAUUUAGGGUGAUUUGUUUGGGUCAGAAUAUUAAUCUUGGUGGUUGUGAAAGUAAUGUGGACAAGACGAACCAACCAACCACUUCGAAUGGUAAAUCCAAGAGACUAAAAGCCACUUGUCCAUGGGUUUUAUACAUUUCAAAUGUGAAGAAAGAAGGAACAUGGAUUGUAAAAACAUACCUUAACAAGCACACUUGCCUUUAUACAAGGGAUGUUAAAUUGUGCACCAUUAGUUGGUUGGCUAAGGAAAUACAACCAACGAUCAAAUCCAAUCCUGGGAUUCCAAUCCAAGCUCUUCAAGAUGAUCUGCAUAGGAGGUUGCAGGUACAAGUAACCAGGAAUCAGUUGUUUAGGGCUAAAAGUAAGGCAUUAGAGAGGGUUCAAGGUCAUUAUAUGGCUCAAUAUGAGAAGCUGAGGGACUAUGGUGAAGAACUUCUCAGAUCCAAUCCAGGGUCUACAGUGAGGAUUGAUGUGGAACCAUUAUGUAAUCCCUCUAGUCCCACUAGGCAAUUUAGGAGGAUGUACGUAUGCUUAGGUGCACUGAAGCAAGGGUUCAAGCUAGCUGGAAGACCACUGUUGGGCCUUGAUGGCUGUUUUUUGAAAGGGCCCUUUCCUGGGCAGAUUUUGACUGCAGUGGGAGUAGAUGCUAACAAUGGGAUUUACCCAGUUGCAUACGCAGUUGUUGAGGCUGAGACUAUGUCUUCUUGGACUUGGUUUCUUGAGUUGUUGGGUCAAGACUUUGAUAUUGAUGCUAACAGUUACUUCUGUUUCAUAAGUGACAGGAAAAAAAGUUUAAUACCUGCUGUGUCUAAGGUGUUUCCAAGGUGUGAGCAUAGGUUCUGCCUGAGACAUAUACAUGAAAAUAUGAAGCCAAGAUGGAAAGGUGAACUGUACAAGAACUUGUUGUGGAAUUGUGUUGCUGCUACAACCAUACAGACGGGUUACUUUAAAUACUAA